AUGCAGGCGUUGGAACUCUAUGGCUCGAGACGGACAGGAGACGAGUGGAGACUCAUCACUGCUUUCGUGGGUUCACGUACUAUUGAGGAAGUGCAUUUACACGGGCGACAAUAUCUCCAGCGACUAAUUCAGUCAUUACCCUCUUCUCCCGAAGCGACGAAUGCAGGUCGCUACCUAUUCAGUGCAGGCAGUCAGAAUGACCCAAACCGACAGAACUACCAGAACUACCAGGUAUCCAGAGGUGUUGGUCCUCAGAAAUUGAGAGUCAGUAAGAGGCCUGUUCCAGUCCCAACCGGGGGUACUAGCGCUUUGAGUGCCGCCGCAUUAGAGUGCGCUCAGUCCAUGAGUGUUCAACAAUACCACAACCAGCAACUGCAGUACCAACACCACGCAGGUAUCGCUGCUUCACAUCGGAAUGGGCGGAGAUCUAAGCCCUGGACAUUCCAUGAAGAAAAAGCUUUCGAGACAGUACUAGCAGGUUGGGCCGGAAGUAAGUCAUACCCUUGGGCUCGAAUUGCAGCGGCCAUACCGGGCAAGACUGCUAACGACGUUCGUAGUCGCUACGAAGAAAUGGUAGGAGAAAUCGCCUCCAUCGAGUCUGGGGAGGUUCCGGCAUCUGAAAACCCCAAGCUAAACAAUCGUGCAGUUCCACCCCCACCGAUUGAGGUCCCGCCUAGAAGUGUAGGCAAAGAGAGUAGCACGCGUAGCAGAAGAGGUUCCGCGAGCGGGAUCACUAUGCUUAGUCCGACAUUUCUCGACUAUCUGGCGAGAGAAGCUGAAAGCGAAGAAAAGUCAUCACUCCCGGCGCUACAAUUACCGUUCCCGGGAUUAACAAACUUACCGUCCCCUUUGUUCUCGCCGACACUGCUGCCAACAGGAUCUCCUGGUUUCUUCAGUCCUGGCAACAAAAAAUCGGCAGCUCGUGGCCAGCAAGGCAAAAAGCUGUCGAGCUCAGAUGACGUUAAGAUGAACGAAAUAGACACUGGACCGACACCUGCGGUGAACAAAAGCGAAACCCUUCGACGCUCCUCAACUCCGCGGAUAUGGAACGAAUUUCUCGCAGGUGAUUUCAAGCUCGACGACACACCCAGAAGGAAAACGCCACGAUCAAAGAAAUCACAUGAUAAAGGAUCCAAAGGUAACGCAGAGAAACGAGAAGACAUCGAGAUGCCUGAUGCUUCUGCCGCCUGA